AUUAGAUAAAGGGAUAGAAAAUUUUCCAUAUAUCCUUCAAAAUAUACCAUUAAAAGGGCAUCUGACCAGAACACAACUCCUUCAAUUCUCUCAAGUCACUGGAAAAACAAGAAAAAAAAAACUCCAAACCAUGGAGGCCAUGGAUAUUGAGAAAUUAUUCCAUAUGACUGGUGGAAUUGGCAACACUAGCUAUGCCAAAAACUCCCAUCUUCAGAAGAAAGCAUCAGAUAUGGUGAAGCACAUAACAAUGGAGGCUAUACAGGAAGCUUACCUUUCCACCGGCGCUCCGACCAGCUUCGGCGUCGCCGAUCUGGGCUGCUCCUCCGGCCCCAAUUCCUUAUCCAUCAUCAAAGACAUAAUCCAAGCCGUUCAAUCGCUGAUCUCCGGCCCCCCCCGCCCACCGCCGGAGUUCCGAGUCUACCUCAACGACCUUCCGACCAACGAUUUCAACUCAAUCUUCAAGGCCCUGCCCGAUUUCUGCAGAGAGCUUCAAAACGAAGGGGAAAACCCUUCCGGAUUUUUCAUAGGGGCUUAUCCAGGGUCGUUUUACCAGAGACUUUUCCCCAAUAACUGCUUGCACUUCGUUUAUUCCUCUUACAGCCUCCACUGGCUCUCGAGGGUUCCCGAUGGUAUUUGCGAUGAAUUGGGGAAACCGAUAAACAGAGGGACGAUUUAUAUUUCCGAAGCAAGUCCCGGUGCGGUUGCGGAGGCUUAUGUGCGGCAAUUUCGGGAGGAUUUUUGUGUGUUUCUGAGGAGGAGGGCGGAGGAGGUGGUUUCCGGCGGCCGUAUGGUGCUGAUUUUGCUCGGAAGGGACGGCGCCGAUCAUGCCGAUCGGGGAAACUCCUUCAUGUGGCAUCUUCUUGCAAGAGCCCUCGCCAUUUUGGUCUCUCAGGGAGAAAUAAAGGAAGAAAAGUUAGAUAGCUACGAUGUGAAUUUCUAUGCACCAAAUGAAGGAGAGAUAGAAGACGAAGUGAGGAGAGAAGGGUCAUUUUGUUUGGAGAGAAUAGAGAAAUUUGAGACCGAGAAGAAGGGGAAGAAUAAUGGAGAUGAAAGCUAUGGGAGAGAAGUUGCUAAGGCUGUGAGAGCCAUCCAAGAGACUAUGAUUUCUCACCAUUUUGGUGAUGCAAUUUUGGACUCUUUGUUUGACAAAUAUGGAACCAUUUUGGAUGAGGAAAUGGCCAAACAAGAAAUAAGACCCAUCUCUUUUGUCAUUGUUCUUAGGAAAUUGUGAACAAAAACCAAAAAAGAAAAAAAAAAUGUUCCAUUUUUAGCCCACAUUUUUAUGAAAUUGUAACUCAAUUGAUUAUUAUCAUUGCAUCUCGUCUUUCUGAUUUGGUCAAAUCUUACGAGUGUUGACUGUGAUUAUUGUAUUGAAUAUGUGACGUUCUUUUCAUGUGAUAAUGAGUCGAUGUUUUCAAUUUGAUUGAUUA